AUGGCGACGACGUCGAACAUGUUCCUGUAUUCGCUGACGAUCCAGCCGCCGACAGCCAUCACGCAGGCGCUGCUGGGUCAGUUCUCGGGAACUAAGGAGCAGCAAAUCAUCACGGCGUCAGGGUCGCGCCUUACUCUUCUCCAGCCGGAUCCCAGGCAAGGGAAGGUCAACACGCUGUUAUCCCAUGACAUCUUCGGCAUCAUCAGGUCCAUUGCUUCCUUCCGGCUCGCUGGAAGCCACAAGGACUACAUUAUUCUCGCGACAGAUUCCGGCCGCAUCGCCAUCGUCGAGUACCUGCCCAAAGUGAACAGGUUUUCGCGGAUCCACCUCGAAACCUUCGGGAAGUCUGGGGUUCGCCGCGUCAUCCCCGGCCAGUACUUGGCUGCCGACCCCAAGGGCAGAGCGUGCCUCAUCGCAUCCGUCGAAAAGAACAAGCUGGUCUAUGUUCUGAAUCGGAAUGCUCAGGCGGAGCUGACCAUCUCGUCGCCACUUGAGGCGCAUAAGUCUGGAGUGCUGGUGUUAUCGCUCGUCGCUCUCGAUGUUGGUUACGCCAACCCUGUCUUUGCUGCCCUCGAGAUCGACUAUUCCGAGGCAGACCAAGACCCUACUGGCGAGGCGGCAAAGGAGGCUGACGCGCAACUCGUCUACUACGAGCUUGACCUGGGGCUCAACCACGUGGUUCGCAAGUGGUCCGAUACGGUUGACCCUACCUCUUCGCUGCUCUUCCAGGUCCCUGGAGGCAACGAUGGGCCUAGUGGUGUCUUGGUUUGCGGGGAGGAGAAUGUCACCUACCGUCAUUCCAACCAGGAGGCCUUCCGCGUCCCCAUUCCCAGGCGACGUGGGGCUACUGAGGACCCCCAGAGAAAGCGCACCAUUGUGUCAGGAGUAAUGCACAAGCUCAAGGGCAGUGCGGGCGCAUUCUUCUUCCUGCUCCAGACCGAGGAUGGCGACCUGUUCAAGGUCACGCUCGAUAUGGUUGAGGAUGGCGAGGGCAACCCGACCGGUGAAGUUCGGCGUCUCAAAAUCAAGUACUUUGACACAGUACCGGUCGCCCAAAGCCUGUGCAUUUUGAAGAGUGGUUUCCUCUUUGCCGCAAGCGAAUUCGGCAACCAUCACUUUUACCAAUUCGAGAAACUCGGAGAUGACGAUGAGGAGCUGGAAUUUUCGAGCGACGACUUCCCGACGGACCCUCGAGCCUCCUACAACCCUGUCUACUUCCACCCUCGGCCGCUGGAAAACCUCGUGCUUGUUGAGAGCAUCGACUCAAUGAACCCCCAGGUCGACUGCAAGGUUGCAAACCUGACAGGCGAGGACGCCCCCCAGAUUUACUCGGUUUGCGGGAAUAGGGCGAGAAGCACUUUCCGUAUGCUCAAACAUGGUCUCGAAGUGUCGGAAAUUGUCGCAUCUGAGCUUCCAGGCACGCCCUCUGCGGUCUGGACAACCAAGCUCACGAAGUACGACGAAUAUGAUGGUUAUAUGGUGCUCUCGUUCACCAAUGCGACCCUUGUGCUGAGCAUUGGAGAGACCGUCGAGGAGGUUACUGAAAGCGGCCUCUUGACAAGCGUGCCGACUCUGGCGGUUCAGCAGCUAGGUGAAGAAGGGCUGAUCCAAGUUCACCCCAAGGGCAUUAGGCACAUAGUUCAGGGCCGGGUCAACGAGUGGCCGGCCCCUCAACAUCGAUCUAUUGUUGCCGCCGCGGCGAACGAGAAUCAGGUCGUCAUCGCGCUAAGCUCCGGCGAAAUUGUCUACUUUGAGAUGGAUGCCGAUGGAUCGCUUGCCGAGUACGACGAGAAGAAAGAGAUGUCGGGGACGGUCACGUCUCUCAGCUUGGGCAGGGUUCCUGAAGGCCUCAGGCGAAGCUCCUUCCUGGCUGUGGGAUGUGAUGACUGCACGGUCCGCAUUCUCAGCCUUGACCCGGAUUCGACUCUGGAGAUGAAGUCCAUCCAGGCAUUGACAUCAGCACCAUCAUCUCUGUUGAUCAUGUCGAUGGAAGACUCAUCCGGCGGGAACACGUUAUACCUCCAUAUCGGGCUGCACUCUGGCGUAUAUCUGAGGACCGUUUUGGAUGAAGUUACUGGCGAGCUGACGGACACACGGCAAAAGUUCCUCGGUCCUAAGCCCACCAAGCUCUUCCAGGUGUCAGUGCAGGCACAGUCAUGCGUUCUGGCCCUCAGCUCGAGGCCCUGGCUCGGCUACACGGAUCCUAUCACGAAGAAUUUCGUCAUGACACCGUUGAGCUAUACGGAACUCGAGUACGGCUGGAAUUUCAGCAGCGAGCAGUGCCUCGAAGGCAUGGUCGGUAUCCAUGCCAACUUCCUCAGGAUCUUCACGAUAGAGAAGCUGGGUGAAACCAUGAUCCAGAAGUCCAUCCCCCUGACAUAUACCCCAAAGCGGCUGGUCAAACAUCCCGAGCAGCCGUACUUCUACACGAUAGAGUCCGAUAACAAUACUCUACCACCAGAGCUCCGCGCUCAGCUCUUGGCCCAGUCGGGUGCUGUGAAUGGAGAUGCGGCAGUACUGCCGCCAGAAGACUUUGGAUACCCUCGAGCCAAAGGCCGAUGGGCGUCCUGCAUCAGCAUUGUUGACCCUCUUGGCGAAGAACCCAAGGUGCUUCAGAGGGUCGACCUGGAGGGGAACGAAGCCGCUGUGAGCGCAGCAGUCGUUCCCUUCGCCAGUCAGGAUGGCGAGAGUUUUCUCAUCGUUGGUACCGGAAAGGACAUGGUUCUCAACCCACGCCAGUUCACCGAGGGAUAUAUCCAUGUCUACCGGUUCCAUGAAGAUGGCAAAGACUUGGAGUUCAUUCACAAGACCAAGGUGGAAGAGCCACCGAUGGCUCUCAUUCCUUUCCAAGGCCGUCUUCUUGCCGGCAUCGGCAAGAUGCUCCGUGUCUACGACCUUGGUCUCAAGCAACUACUCAGGAAAGCACAGGGAGAAGUGGCGCCCCAACUAAUCGUAUCACUUCAAUCCCAGGGCAGUCGCAUCAUCGUGGGUGAUGUCCAACAGGGAAUCACGUAUGUCGUCUACAAGCCCGAAAGCAACAAGCUUAUUCCCUUCGCGGAUGACACGAUCAACCGGUGGAAUACAUGUACUACCAUGGUCGACUACGAGUCCGUGGCUGGGGGCGAUAGAUUCGGCAACGUGUGGAUCCUGCGGGCCCCGGAGCGUGCUAGCCAGGAAAGCGACGAGCCGGGCUCCGAGAUCCAGCUCCUCCACGCCCGGCCUUACCUCCACGGGGCGCCAAACCGGCUAAACCUAAUGGUGCACUUUUACACGCAGGAUCUGCCGACGAGCAUCGUCAAGACCAACCUCGUGGUGGGUGGGCAGGACGUGCUCGUUUGGAGUGGGAUCCAGGGCACGGUUGGUGUCCUGAUCCCGUUCGUCAGCCGCGAGGAUGUGGAUUUCUUCCAGAACCUGGAGAGCCACAUGCGGGCCGAAGACCCGCCGCUAGCAGGCCGCGACCAUCUGAUCUACCGUGGGUAUUAUGUCCCCGUCAAGGGGGUCAUCGAUGGUGAUCUCUGCGAGAGGUUCAGCCUGCUGCCGAACGACAAGAAGCAGAUGAUUGCCGGGGAGUUGGACCGCUCGGUGCGGGAAAUUGAGCGGAAGAUCUCAGAUAUCCGAACCAGAUCUGCUUUCUGA